AUGAGUGAGUUUCAAGAAGACCCUCCCAAAGAGAUCAUUAGGAUUGUUGAUUCAUUGCAAAUAGUAGGAGAACACUUCCAGGAAUGUAUACAGAGUGUGGAAGAGCUCCUGGAAAAGAGAGAGAACCUUAUCAAAGAAUUAAUCUUCAUGAAGGAACCAAUGCAAAAAGAAAUUGAUAUCUUGAAGGAAGAACUCUUGAAGCUUUAUCAAACUAAAUCAAAGACAGAGAUUGAAUGCAAUAACAUCAAGGAAGAAAUAACAUGCACAAAAAAAAACCUGUUUGAGAUCAUUAAAGCGCAAAUGACUUGUAAACAUAAACUGCAUGUCAAUAAACAAGUCGUUCCCCAAAUUACAUUACAACAGGAGGCACUAAAAUCCAAAGCUCAGGUACUUUCUGAUGAACUGGCUAUAUUCAAAAAUCACUGUCGCAAACAGAUAAACCAAAUGGUCCAUCAGCUGGAAAAUAUUAGAAACAUGAAGAAUAUUCUAAUCCCAGCAAAGGGUCAUCAAACAAAUGUAGAAUUUCAAAGCUUUUUAGGAGAACAGUGGCAAUCGUUGGAGAAAUACUAUGAACCUAAACUGGGAAAACUCCUGAAAUGGUGUGAGCAUAGAAAUGAAUCACUACAACAAUCCCAGAAGGAAAUCAGAUGUUUCAUAAAACAGCUGCAACCACUGCAGGAACAGGUGACAAAAUUAAACACCCAGAGGCGAUGUCUUGAACAACAGCUACAAUUUAUGCAGACAAAUUGGGCUCAGGACAUUCUACAAUAUCAGCAUGCUCCUGACCUGUGCAUGCUCAGGAGGUCUGAAGACUUUCAGGAUUUGGAGUUCCUGACCUUCAUUCCCAACCAGCAGUGUGCGGUGCUGGGCACCGUGACGGUCCUGGGCCUCGAGUAUACAGUUGAAAUCCCCCUCGAGGACGAUGCACUCACCCACAUCAAUGGAGCCCAGAUGAGUGGACACUUCCUCAAAGAAGCUCACUUGCUGCUACGUGUCCAGGGGAGCGUACACAUUCACAAAGCGAAGCGACACACCCCCUAG